AUGGGAGAUGUUCAAAUUUCCAGUUCGGAAGAACCGAAUUCAGCUCGCCAGAAAAAGAACGAUCAAAUUACAGAAAGAAAUCGGCAAUUUGACAGCUGGACGAGUAAAGACUUCAAGAAUGGUGUUUAUCAGCUAUUCCGGGGCAAACAAGAUGCAUCAGAUAGAAUUGGGAAUGAACUUCUCAUGAGAAGGGCACUGGACGAUUCUGCAGAAUCUCGAGACUUCCUUAUAACGCAAUUUCGAGAAAAUAUCGACACUGGCCUAGCAAUCCUAGGCUCAUGGAGAUCGGGCACUGCAGACAUCUUAUUUCGGUGUUUUGAAGAACAAAAGGCGUCAAAUUCGCUUGUUCUCGAAGUGAUACGAAUUUUAGAGCUCAAAGAGCACAAAAGGGCUGACACAAGCAGUGCUAGCGGGUCUGAAACACACAAUAAUUCUCUCAAAGGAUCUGACAUCUCUACUCCAUUCUUAUUCACGGUGGCCGCGGAGCUCGUCUCUAAAUUUAAUUUGGACUUUGACACUGUCAAGCCUUUGGUGAAAAUGGCCGUUUUAAGAAGCCACGGGCAGGUAGAACCUAUUAAGUUGCUGCACGCGAUGGUCAUGAAAUAUGGAGAACAAUUUCAAAUAGAGUUGCUCAACGUCUUCACCUCAUUGCUUCAAGAAGGACUAGAAAAGAGUGACCUUAUGCAGUCUUACCUUAUCAAUGUCGUUUCCGUCCUAAAGGCCCUCUACUUGCAAGCAACAGCUUUCUGUACAGAGCUCUUCCUUAGCGAGCAAUUCCAAACCGUUGCGCAAACGAAUUUUUUCAAGACAAGCCAAGUGACUAGCUCGAUUUUAGAUCUAAUGUCAACCGCUUGCAUUGAUAGCGUGGCAAGGAACUACAUUGCCGAGAAGUACUUCACUCUACUAAGCGAAUGUCUAAGUGUCGAGCGUUACAAGUUUGCAGCCAGCUUAGUUUUGCUGAAGACUUGGAAUUUUACUAAAUUGAAGGGUGACGCGGUCGAUGACAUGGCAUCCACCCUGAUAAAGCAGCUCAAUAUGCCCAAGAAGCAGCAGAAAUCAAUGGAUAGCCUCAAGCAGGAUGAACUGGCUGUAGAAGGUUUGGCAUACCUCACGCUCAAAGCAUCCGUGAAGAUGCUGUUGUUUUCGAAUUCAGACUUUCUUGAUACCCUGAUCGAGUAUCUUGGGGAAGAGAACACUCCUAAUUCCAUGUAUUAUGGUAUUCUGGUGAUUCUCGGUAAUUUAUCAGAUUUGCAGAGCUCUAGCACAUCCGCUGGCAAGUCUAUAGAAGAGCUGAAAGCUCGCGCAGAGCCGAGUACCAUGCGGGACGGCGAGAAAACAAAUAUAAAGGAUGAGACUGUCCUGAAAUUCAUUUCAGAAUGCAUCUUAAGUCGCGACGUGAUAGGCAUUGUGAAAAGACACAUAAAAUCGAGGAAGAUGCAGGGAACUGGUUCGCAUCAUCAGCUCCUAAGAUUAAUUUUUAGUGCGGCCCAAAACAAAGCUUACAUCACUACCCUGGUAUCGCAGGGUAGCGUCACUGUUCUACUCGAAUCUUUGGCUUUAUCAAACAUUCCUUCGGAGGUGAGAGUCUUGGCUUUACGCGCCUUAGCUAGAACUUUAACGGCAGUCAAUCCCCAGCUUGUGUUCAAAGAAUAUUCCGCGUUGAAUGCCUUGCCAUUUUUGUUCGAACUCAUCCCUGAUCCAGAAAUGUCUUCGGAGAGUCACUUGCAAAUCAAAGAUACAUAUGAGUCAUUACUGGCAUUGACUAAUCUCGCCACUUUGUCCGAAGGCGCUAUCAUUUGUGAAAAGAUCAUGUCAGUUGCAGCGUAUUGGGAUAAGUUAGAAAAUUUGAUGCUCGAUUCGGUAGUGGAAAAUCAAAGAUCUACACUCGAGCUAUUUUCGAAUAUGAUGGCUUCCUCCUUGCGUGUUGCGGUCAAAUUUUUCAACUUUCAAAACCCUCUGAGUGUCCGCAAUUUCAAGAUUCUUGUAAAACUGCUCCAUUUGGAUGACAGAAAGUCAAGGCUGGCGGUGGCUGCGAUUUUCGCUAACAUUGCGACUUCGGUUCCUUUCAUUGCCGAAGAACUUGCUCGACAACCGGAAUUGAUUAAAAACUCGAUAGAGUUACUGGAAGAUCAGAAAGGCGAUGCAGAAAUGCGUCAUCGUCUUAUUGUUCUUUUCGAUGCGUUGAUAGGUUUCGGCCUUGAUACGGAGGCUUUCUCGUCUCAGAAAUCAGAACUCAAAAAGGCUUUGUCAGGAAUUCAGAACGAGGAGCCCUCUUCUUCGGAGUACAGCAUAUCCAUCAGGGACAUGUUAGCCAAACUAUAA